AUGGGAGAAUCAUACAAGAAAUUUUCACAAGCGUUAGAAACUCUCACCGGAGCUCUAUUCCAACGCCCCCCACUUAUAUCUGCUGUAAAGCGUCAACUUCGUAUUCGUACAGUUCACGAGACUAAGCUAAUAGAAUUUGAUAACAAUAGACAUUUGGGUGUUUUUUGGGUUAGUUGUGAGGCUGGAACAUAUAUUCGUACUUUAUGUGUACAUAUGGGAUUAUUACUUGGAGUUGGUGCUCAUAUGCAAGAAUUAAGGCGUGUUCGAUCUGGUGCCCUAACAGAAAAUGAUGAUAUUGUUACUAUGCAUGAUGUAAUGGAUGCUAAAUGGUUAUACAAAAAUACAAACAAUCAAACAGCCAAAGAUGGAUUAGCAGGCUUAUCAAGAUUAAUUAUACCAUAUCUUUUUAAAAACAUUUAA